AUGACAUUCCUGAUCUGCACGAAGAAAUCGCUAACUCAUCUAAAAAAAUUCAUUCGUAACUACAGCAGCUUCCAGUAUGGAGACUUUUGUAUGUUGCGACAAACAAAGUCAAAUAAGACUUACUUUGUUGGCCCACUAGAAGCAGGAAAUCAAAAAAGUAUCAAAGGUGUCCCUGUAUACCACGACGAGAUAGUUGGCAAAAGACCUCGAACUGUGUUGACGACGGAAUCCCAAACUCAUGGGUUUUUAAUAGAAAGACAGCGAUAUAUGCUUCACUUUCCCACCUUGGACGAAUAUGUGGUGAACGUUCCUAGAGCUUGUACACCCAUAUACCCCAAAGAUGCCUCAGCUAUUGUUCAACUGUUGGAUUUAGAACCAGGACAUAAAGUGAUAGAAGCAGGGACAGGCAAUGGCUCGCUCAGCUUAUACAUGGCAAGAGCUGUAGCAGGCAAGGGAGAAGAGAGCGAUAGCAGCGGUCGAAUUGACAGUUUCGAUGUGCGGGAGAACCAUUCAAAAACCGCCAAAAAACAUAUUGAACGCUAUGCUCGACGACGAUAUAGCUCAAUCAUUUCGCUUCAUAUAGGUUCCGUGGCCGACAAGCUUUCAGAAAUGAUGAUGCCUAACGAACAAUAUGAUGCUGUUGCGCUAGAUAUGCCAGAACCCAAUGCGGAAAUACCACGACUCUUGCCUUAUUUGAAAAACGAUCGAUUUAUUGUAUGUUAUUUGCCAAACAUAACGCAGGUGCUUUCGUUAGCCAAAUGUAUAAUAGACUUGCCACUUGUGUUGGAGGAUUGCAUCGAAACAGAAUGGAAGGAAUGGGAAGUGAGAGCAACUCAUAUCAGGAGUAAGCUGAGGGAGCGCAUGGAGAAUAACAUUUCUACAGAAGAUAUGGAUAUUACAGCAGGCUUGCCUACAGAUGCAUGGGUUUGCCGCCCAAAGAAUUUUGACGUAAAGGGCCAUACUGCAUUUCUUGUAAAACUAAGAAAAGCAGCGCCCAUUAUUACUUGA